AUGACUAUCUUUGCGCCCUAUAUAUAUGCCUGGAGCAAGGAUGAAAACAAAGCGUUUAGGGUCUCCAACCUAAAAGAUGCCUCUCGGAUAGGCUUAAACAGCGUGACACUUGCUUUUCUGACCAAUGAUCGCUAUGAAGAAAUUGAGCAGUGGAUAGAGGAUGUUCGUCAGUUCCCAGGACAGGUCAUCCUCUCAAUAGGUGGAGCAACUGGCGAGUAUCCUUCAGAUUGUCGGUCUGUUGAAGAAGAGGCCUCUCGGCUGAUUGACUUGGUAGCCAGGGCAGGAUUCAAAGGGAUCGAUCUGGAUAUUGAAGGCAGUGUUUUAGAGAGGCACAGUAAGGUUGCAAAAAUUGCCAGAAUAAUAAAUCUCGUCCAAAGCCAUUUCGGCACACAGUUCCACGUUUCGCUCACGCUUCCUAUCGAGUUCGAGGGUGGACUGAACAAUGACGCUCUCUCGGCUUUGGAUGCGAUGAUCAGCAAUAAGGUCCAUAUCAAGAUUGUCAAUGCUAUGAUCAUGGAUUAUUAUACUAAGCUACCUUCCGGAUCUAACUGGGGAGCGGAAAACAUUCGCAUUCUGAACGACAUGAACCGCCAAUUGCGAUCAAGGUUGCAUCUGACUGAGGAUCAAGCUUGGAGAAUGAUUGGAGUAUGCCCAAUGAUAGGUUACAACGACGACAAUACGGUUUUCUCGCUCAAUGACUUUGAUAGAGUUUUGACUUUUGCCAAGUCCAAAAAUAUCGCUCUGAUCACAUAUUGGGCGAUAAAUAGGGACCAAGUGGCUCCGAGACGCGAGACGUUGAAAUUGAAGAAGAACGUAUAUGCGUUUUCAAACGCACAGAGUCGCGACUUCGAGUACUGUCGCAAGGUACAAGAGUACUUUAAUUAA